AUGAAACAGAAGUACUGGUGUGGGAUGACUGCCAGAAUGGGUACCAUAUUGUCAGGGGCAUUUUCCAUAAUUUCUUCUAAUAUGUACCUCAUCUUUGAACAAAACCACCUGAGCAGGAUCAAUUGCUCAAAAUACAAGGCCAAUUACUCAAGUAUAAGUUUCCAUAAUUGGCACUUUAGUUGCAAUUGUUUAGAAAUAGUUUUCUUCCUGUCUUUCUUUACCAUCAUAGUGAGCGGCUUCCUUAUAUACUCCGUGUACACCCGGCUUUUGAAGGGCUUGUUGUUCUAUAUUAUCUGGAUCAUUUUUUAUGAAUGUAUAAACAUUCUCGUACAGAUCUACACCAAUAGCAGUACCACUGCUAUACCUAUCCGAGCUCUGCGCUGGUUUGGCUUGAUUAUCCGUCUGUCACUGCACUGCUUUUGGAUAUUCUUUGUCAUCAAUGAAGCACAUAUGAUCUACAAACUUAAAUGCAAGGUUCAUGUAACUCUCUUCAACAGACACGUUUCUUUAGGCAAUGAGGAUAUCACACGGCGACUAUCAAAUUCAAGCUCCUUAUCCCAGCAGUUUCUGUACUAUUAA